AUGGAUAAUAUUAUAUUUUCCAGAAUACACGUAUUUAACCAAAAGAGAAUAUUUUUUAACCUUUAGUCACUACGUAUUUCUCAAGUCAGUAUUAGUCAUAUCCUGCACGUAGUUUUAUGUGGGAGUUUAUUUAAUUUACAGUACACACCUAGAGAGGAACGUGAUUUUUACUUCAAAGAAUAGUAUAAAUAAAGUCUCUCAGUUAUUUUCUUCAAUAUAAUCCCUUGCAUCAGGUGAAACAUCAAAGAAAGCAAGUUACAGUAGCGCAGUGUUACGUUGUACUGUACUGAAUAAUCACCAGCACACGAGCAUUUGCACAAGGAACAAAGGAAACAAAAUUAUACGUAAUUACCAAGAAGAAUACCGAAAAUGAUGGCAAGUUCCAAAAAUCAAUAUGCUGCUCACCUUUUCAACUCGAAGAGAAGAAAUCGUCCAUUCACCGAAUUAUAAUGCAGGUCUACAGCUCGCCUAAUCACUCAAUUAUCUUGGUUGUUGUUUACAUCGCUUUCUGCAGUGUACAUCGGUCCCUUGUAAUAUACAUGCAUUGUCUGUAGUUAGCAGACCGGUUCGUCGUGGUUCACUUGUAAAAUAAAGUUAAGUUUAAUUUCCAUAAUCUCAAUUGUUAUGAGUGUCUUCUGAUAUCUGCUUUUAUGUCGUGCUUUAGAGUUUGAAACCACGUUUUUCCCGAGUGACUGUGGCUGGUAGAGCAGAGCUGCGCCUUGGUUAUUCGGAAGAGACAAACAAAUUAAUUAAAACUCCUCAGACUGCCGAUACGUCGUACAUUUCAAAGAAGCCAGGUGAGGUAGAAGCCAAAGCCAAGAGUGAGGUGACACAACUUGGUGGAAAUCCGAGCAAUGAAACCGAUCUUCUUGGCCAAUUUAAACUUCAGUUUGGCAGAUUCAAGGGCAAGACUUUCAAAUGGCUCUUAGAAAAUGGUCUGGGAUACGUAGCAUGGAUUGUGAACAGCAUGUUGAGCGAGACAGCUACGAGUUCACCCUUGUCUGUAAAUAAGCUUUCAUUUGCGGAAUAUUUUAAGUCCUUCCCUGAAGGUAGAGAGGCCUUGGCGUUCAAGAAAGAAAAGGCAAAAGAACAAACGGCUUUGUCAACUUCGACUUCAAGCUCAACUACAAGGCAGACAUCGACGCGAACGUCUAAUACAACUGCUGUGGCUUUGCUUGUUGGACGAAGUUCGUUAUCCCCGCAAGAAACUGCAAAGCGGUUACAUCGAACUAUUCAAGGUCAAGUAAUCGCUCUUUUGUUACGCUACAGUGAUCGAAAACACCAACAGGCUAUACUUAUCAACACCUUUUUAAUAAGACACUUACCUAACCCCACCCCACCUUCUCUCUCUUUCUAAUUAAACAUCUCUCUGUUCUCAGACUUUUUUCCAAAAGAACUCAACCAAAAAAAAGGUAGCGAAAGACUUGUUGAAAGACAGUUGAGAAAUGUAACCGUAUAUCGAAUAUAGUUGAUCAAGUCACUUAAUUGUUGUACAUUAAGUCCCUUGAAUAUAUAAGAGUAAUCAAGUCAAUAAUUUUCUUCAUUUUUUUUUUUCAUUGUUUAGGCAAAUCUGUUAAGGCAACAUUUCCCACUGACACUCAACUGAGAAUCCCAGAGGACACGAACAGUGUUUCCGAUGAACUGUUGUUGUCUGCAGCUAAUGCCAUAGAUAGCUCAUCUGUUGUUCCAAAAACUACUCCAAAACCUCAAACAGAAGAGAAACGAGUUGGUGCAUCUGAAGGUAAAUAUUCGAAAACUGCUGUCUUUAAACGAGUGAUUUCCAACAUAUUUUUGAAAUUCCUCCCCCUCUUACUCCCUAAUAAUUUACAUUAAUCAUGCAAUGAAAAGUUAUUUAUCAUGUAUUGAUAUAUAAAUAUAGUCAAAUAUGAUAAAAAUAGCUAAUAAUAAUAAUGAUAAUGAUAACGAAUAAGGACUAAUGAUAACAGUAAUAAUCAUCAUCAUCAUCAUAAUAAAAACCAGAAUAAUUAAAAUAAAUAAUAAUAAUAAUAAUAAUAAACUAAUAAGAAAAUCAAUUUCAUACACAGAUUACCCCUUGCCUGAAGGAUGGAAAAAGAGCCUACCCAAAGAAGAUCACAUGUGGGUUUCCAAGGCACUUUUUAAACAGUCUACCAUUAAAGACAAAGCAGAGCUUGACAUGUCAAAGAUAAACAAGCUUUGGUGGUAUCCACCCCAGCCGUCGUUAAGGGUGCAUCAGCGUCCCACUGUAAACACUUACUUUACACGGCGCCUCCUACUAUGGAUGCCAAGAAAACUAUGGCAAGUGUUGUUGCUUUGUCCACAUGAUGAUUGUGUCAAGCACCCUCUUACCAGUGCAGGCCUGUACCCUCAUGUUAGACAGGUGCUUGACCUGGAUGGCUUCUACUCCUUGGCAACCGAGUAUCUUGAGUGUGGGAAGUGCAAGAGGAAAGUUAUUAGCUGGAGUCAGGGUAUCCUUGAUCAGUUAGAUGUGGGUCACAGGAAGCAGUUUCCUAUCAUCAUCACCUACAACUAUGCCUGUGACAUGAGAGUAGUGAGAUUGCUAAGACAACGUGGUUUUGGAAAUAGCUCAACUCAGUUGCAGAAGAAACAGACGGAACAGCAUAAAGAACAGUGGCUACAACGUACUGCCCAUUAUUUGAUAGAUUGUCAAACAUUUGUGGAGGCUAGCAAACGACAACUGGUCCUGGCCCCAGAGCUUGAUGAGCCACCAUCUCUUCUUACCCUUCCAAAAGCAGGCUGGCUUCUUACAGUUUACUGUAGCGAUGUGCUGUCACGGCUUGAGGAAGUGAGGCCUUAUAUCACGUCAACAUUCGGGAGUGUACUGAAGAUUGAUUCCACAAAGGUAAAAUAUUAUAAACAGAUAAAUUACCAAGUCACCUUAAGCCUUUAUAUCAAUAGUAAUCUUUUCUUUGGAAACACCGACAUAUCAUGAAUAUGACAUACCAAGUACCCCGUAUAGUACCCCCCCCUCUGCCCAGCUCAAAAAAUAUUCCUCUUGUUACUCAAGCAAUUGUUAUAAUAAUUACUGUAUCAGUUAUCUUUUUCAACUUUGUACUAGGUUACUAAAAAGCUUGCUGGUGCUGCUGCCGCUGGAACACCUGCUUGGGUCACCAACAUUGGAAAUGAAUUUGGCCAAGUUCUUAACAGCGUCUUAACAGCAAGUGAGGGAAGCGGGCUCCGCCCUAUGGCAACUGGGAUCAUCCGUGGCUAUGAGGUGGCUGGCGUUCCCCCACCAGUACUUCUAUACACAGAUCGUGACUCCUGUGGUGAGAAAAAGGUCAGUUCUCUCUUCACAACCUGGCAGGAACUCAACGUGCGCCUUGAUGCAUGGCACUUUAUGCGGCGUUUUGAGGCAGGGUGCACUAGAGAUUUACACCCACUCUGUGGUACCUUUAUGGAUCGACUGUCUCAGUGCAUUUUUGAGUGGAGUGGUGAGGAUCUCAACCUUCUGACAAGAGCCAAGGCUGCCCAACUUGCUAAGUCCAGUGUCCAAAACUCAUCGGAUGAGGACACCAUGCAACGUAUCACAAAAAAGGAGCUGUCCCUCCACGUCAGGCGUAAAACACAUGGGAUACAAGUGACCACCAUCCUCAUUUCCAACUUGCUUGAGGCAUUCUCUGGGCCACAAGGGAAUGACACCCUAGGUGUGCCACUGCUUGACUGUGACCGCAUAUGGACCAUAUGGGAGUCACAGCAGAAGCACACUGCCUGCAUUCAAGAUCCAGAGGGUGUGCAGCUGUACACUAAAACUGGCACCACAGUGAAGGGUGGUAUAGAUCUUCCGGUCUACCACUGCUCCACAGGCUCAACAUCACUGGAGUCCUUUCACAAUCAUCUUGACUUCUUUAUUGCUGGUAUGUCAUUUGUUUAUUUUUUUCUAUGACACUAGAGAUUAUUACUUUUAAACAUGCAUUUAAUACUAAUAAUAACAAAUAUACCUAAUAUAUAAUAAUCACUAUAUUAAUAAAUCAGUCAUAAAAAGUUGACAGGAAAACAAUUAUAUGCACAAAAUAUUUCCCCUUAAUUAUUUGUUGUUUUUAUUAACAAUAUCAAAAUUUGUUAAUGUCAUCAUUAAUACCUAUAUUAUACUUCUAUUUUCUUCAAUUAAGGUACUAGUGCAAAUGAUCUGCACUUUCAUGCCUUCUUGCUGGAAGUUGCAGCAAGAUGGAACCGAGACAGAGAAGUGGCAGCAGUUACGGAAGCUAAUUCAGCCCCCACAUAUGACUCUGCACUGACUUCUGCCGUAAACAAAUAA